AUGUCUUGGAGCAAGACCUUCACUCGGGGCGACGUAGCGCAGCACAGCUCCAAGGAGGACUGCUGGGUGAUUUUUGACAAUGUGGUCUAUGAUGUGACAGACUUUAUUGCGGAUCACCCCGGUGGCGAGGAUUUGAUCAUGGAGUAUGCUGGCCAGGAUGUGACAGCGAUCAUGAAGAACAAGGACUCACACGUCCACUCGCGCAGUGCGUACACGAUGUUGGGCGACUUUGCCAUCGGCAAAGUUUCGUUGCCAGAGACGAUGUCGCCGGAGGGUAUGGCACCGGCCUUCCUGCCAGCGGAUGCGCACAUUUCGGAUGACUUUGUGCCGGAGGAGACAGACGUGGCCAAGGACUAUGUGCACCACCAGUUCCUCGACCUGUCCAAGCCGCUCAUCCCGCAAAUGUGGUACUCAUCGUUCUCGAAGGAGUUUUACCUGGAGCAGGUGCACAUCCCGCGACACUGCAAGGAGCCAGCCCAGCUGAUGCCUUACGCCUUCCUCGAGGUGUUUACGAAGACGCCAUGGUAUGUGAUCCCGAUGAUGUGGCUGCCGAUCGCAGCGGCCUUUUUCCACCUAUCUGCCACGCAGUACAAGGAGUUCUUCUACACGGGCAACGCCACACUGUCGAAUAUGGAAGGCUAUGCGGCCGCGUUUGGCUGCUUUGUCUUUGGUGUCGUGUUCUGGACCUUCCUCGAAUACCUGUUCCACCGCUUCCUCUUCCACAUGGACCGGCUCCUACCGCGCCACCAGUUCUUCUACCUGAUGCACUUUUUGCUGCAUGGCAUCCAUCACUUUUUGCCGAUGGACCGCUACCGCCUCGUUAUGCCGCCCGUUCUUUUCGCGACGCUGUCGUUCCCGAUGCUGCUGCUCGCGCAUGCCGUGCUGCCGACCGCGAUGGCCAACGGCGUCAUCUCCGGCUCGUACUCGAUGUAUGUCGUGUAUGACACGAUGCACUAUGCACUGCACCACACCAAGCUGCCCGAGUACGUACGGGAGCAAAAGCGGUAUCAUCUUGAGCACCACUACAAGAACUACGAGCUGGGCUUCGGUGUGACCAGCAAAAUCUGGGACUAUGUCUUUCAUACUGUACUUGUGUAG